AUGACAAACUUGAAAACUACAACUACUCUGUUCUUCUUCUUAUUCUUAAUUGUCAUGACUUCAUUACCAUCAAUAACUCUCUGCGAUGAAAAACUCAUAGAAAGCACUUGCAGGCAAACACCAAACUUCAAUCUCUGCGUUCAAUCUCUUAAAUCAUUCCCCGGAAGCGCCACCGCUGACGUCAGAGGCCUGGGCCUAAUAAUGGUGAAGGUGAUGCAAUCAAAAGCAAAUGAUGCCAUUAACAAGAUUCGUGAGCUUCAACGAAGUGCACCAAGUCCAGCACUGACUUCUUGUGCAAGCAAGUAUAACGCAAUUGUGGUUGGUGAUAUACCAGAAGCCAAUGAAGCUUUUUCGAAAGGUAUGCCUAAAUUUGCAGAAAAUGGAGCAAAUGAUGCUGCUAAUGAAGCUACCUUUUGUGAAAAUGGAUUCAAUGGGAGAUCACCUCUCACCCAACAGAACAAUGCUAUGCGCGAUGUUGCUGCUAUUACUGCUGCUAUUGCUAGACAGUUACUAUAG